CCAAACCCUGACAAAGCUAGCCGACACUAGACACUGCCAUAUCGAUCUUUUCUUCUUCACUACACACCAAUCCAUUCCUGCAAACAAAUAAACCAUUUAGAGAAAUGAGGAAACAACCUUGUCGAAAUAUUCUCAUCGCCUUGAGCUUUCUGCUUUUUCUUUCUAGGUCAUCCAAUGGGUCCUUGCUGCCGUUCAUGGAUCGACCAGGAAGUAAUUUUCUGGUCGAUCUCUGGUCGGAGCGCUUUCCAGACCCCUUCCGCGUGCUAGAACAGCUCCCGUUUGAACUUGACAAAGAAGACACCCUGCUGGCACUCUCACCAGCAAAGGUGGACUGGAAAGAAACGCCGGACGGCCAUGUUAUAAUGUUAGAUGUGCCGGGACUCAAGAAGGAGGACCUGAAAAUCGAGGUGGAGGAGAACCGGGUUCUGAGAGUGAGUGGUGAGAGGAAGAAGGAAGAAGACAAGAAAGGGGAUCACUGGCACCGAGUUGAGAGGUCUUAUGGAAAAUUUUGGAGGCGGUUUAGGUUGCCGGAGAACGUAGAUUUAGACUCCGUCGAGGCCAAGUUGGAAAAUGGGGUUCUCACUGUGACGCUGGCCAAGUUGUCUCCUCAUACAAUCAAGGCUACUCCUAGGGUGAUUAGCAUCUCUAGCACUGGAGGAGGAGGAGGAGAUCAGGACGAACCUGCCAAGCUCAAGAAUAGCCAGCCCAAGCAAGAGCUGUAACUUAGAAAGCAAGAGACAUCAAGUGCCUUGCUUCAAGUCUGGGUGAAAGUCUGUUUCGUUAUGUGCCUCGAAUUUGUAAUGGUUUGCUUACCGUUUCUCAAUGUUCUCUCUUUCAAUCGUAGUUUUGUUUGAGGAUCAUCUUGAAAUUAUUCAGGAUGUUAUCGAUCUUCCAAUACUCCUCUUGUAAGUUUGUAGAGUUUGAGUUUUCGAAUAAAUAAGCUAUCUUUUAUCUUUCAAAA